AUGUCCAGAACAGGGGUCAAGGUCAAUACCUAUGGCAAGAAGACAAAGACUCAAAUCAUCUCUAUCCACUCUGACCACGACCAACAAUCCUCUCCCGCCGUCCGGCCUCUUGUCGCUCGGCCUGUCCUCCAAAGUAAACUCUCUCAGGACAACUAUAAUGUCUACUCGGCCACUCCCCUCGCGGUACGCACCCUGAAGGGGAAGGCGUCUGCGAAAGAUUAUGGCACACCGACCAAGUUGGACCAGCACCUUGGGAAGCGGGAUGAGAAUACACCUAUCAAGGUGAGGGCGGUUGGCAAGGCAAACUCUCCUAUCUUUGGGCAACGGAAAGUUCCCAGAAAGGGACUCAAGCCGGGCAUCUUGAGAACGCCCCCUUUUGCAAGUAGGGUCGUGAAAACCAUCCCCUCACUCGAGCCGCCCGCAUCUCCUACAGUCGAUCGACCUGUCGAGUCUGUCCUCACUCCCAAACCCGCCACCACCGCUCUCCCAGCCAAACCCAUCGUUAGACGGCGCUUAAUCUUUGACGGUGUCGCCAUUCCAGUCGCAUCCGGUCACAGACUUGCCAACAUGGACCGCCUUUCAGCGCGGAUGGCGCAAAUCACCAUCACCGAAGAUCCCUCUCCACGACAAGAAAAGGCCAAGGGCAAGGCAAAAGCCACGACCGACCCGGUGCAGAAGCUAGUGGAAAGAUGCUCAAUCAAAGCUGUCCACGACUUUACGACCCUUCUCCGGGACUUUCCUCUCCUGUCAUCUUCAGCCAAGGCGGUGGUCACCAAAGUCGGUGAAGCGUCGUAUUCCGAAGUCUUUGGGUUCUCCAGCCCUGUUGAUACAGAGUCGGACCCUCUGGUGAUGAAGAUCAUACCUCUUCUCUCUGAACCUGGCGACGCCGAGGGUGACACGCCUAUGCCCGACUGCAGCGACCCGGAAGACGUAUUGCGAGAAAUUGAGGUGACAAAGCACAUGUCCAAUGUCCCUGGUGGGGGCUAUGUCCAGUUCAAAGGAGCAUAUGUGGUAGAGGGCGAAUACCCGAGACAGCUUUUGAAGCAAUGGGACACCUACAAAUCCACUGAAGGUUCCGCCAGCGUCCGUCCUUCCGCAUUCCCAUCCUCACAAAAAUACGCCCUUAUCGCCCUUUCCCACUCUGGCCAAGAUCUCGAAGCAUUCCGAUUCGACGCUUCUCGCGGCUGGGUCCAGGCAGCUGGUAUCUUUUGGCAAACUGCGAAAGCGCUGGCCAAAGCUGAGCAGUGGGCCGACUUUGAACAUCGAGAUCUCCAUGAAGGCCAGAUACUCAUUUCCAUUGACACCUCCCUUCAACCGACCGAGACGCUCAACUAUCUCUCGCCAACCUAUACUUGCCUCACGACGACCAUCAUCGACUUUGGCCUCUCUCGCCUUGCUCUGCCUCCUCACAAGACACCCACCUGGUCGUCCCUGCCAGAAGAGUUGUAUGAGGGUAAAGGAAAGCAGUGGGAUGUGUAUAGAAGUAUGAAGGACCGGAUUGACGGGGACUGGGAAGGGUUCCAUGCCAUCACCAACGUCCUUUGGCUUCGAUAUAUCCUACAAUAUAUCCUCACCUCCAAGUCGCUCCGCAAACCGCGCGUUGCCCCUGCUGCCAGCACCAAGGCCCGUAGGCCCCGCGCGCCGACACCUGAAAAGGCAGCAAACGAACAAGCGCACGAGAUGCUCCAGCAAGUCUCAAAAGUGCUUGCUUGGAGCUUGGAGGGGGCCAGGAGGCAGGGGCGCCGUGGAGCGGGAGAGACGGAAGAGUAUGGGGUGGACAAGAUGGGCGAUGCGGCGGGGAUCGUGGCUUGGGGUGAGAAGAAGGGGUGGAUCGUGUAA